AUGGAUCCCCUGGCAGGCUAUGAUUAUCAGCAGCCUGGGCGAAUUCCAAGCUCAUCAUCAUCGUCAUCCCAAAAGCAAUCACCCCAAGAAAAUCAAUCAGGAUCAUUACCACCCAAUAAUCAACCGGCAACUCCAAGAAUGUUAAGAAGUGUUAGUGGAACUUUAAAAAAUUCAAAAUCAGAUAUAAAUCAAAGACAAUUAUCAACUGGAUCUCAACCUCCUGAAGAUUUAGGAUCUCCAAAUUAUAUUGCUGAUAAUGAUUUAUCUCAACAUCCUCAAGCUAAUCUUAGUUUCCAAAAUCAACCCAUGACUCCUCAACAAAUUCAACUGGUUAUAGGUCCAAGUAAUUCCAUUCCUCAUCCUCCUUCAAUUCCUCCUCCUCCUCCAGUUCCUUCUCAACAACAUAAAAGAGUUCCUUCAUUUUCAAAAGGAAUCCCAGUCCCUGUAUCUUCAAGUUCAAAUAGACCAGUUCAACCUCCUCCAUCUCCAGCUCCCAUCAAUACUUCUUCAGCUGUUCGUAAAUCAGAACUCUUGCCUCCUGCCGCCAUUGGUUCUGGUAAUGAAGAAUCCAAUCCUGCCGUUGGAAAUAAUUCAAGAAAUGCUUCAAAUUCUCAACGAUAUAAUCCACCAUCUCAACAACAACAACAUUCAGAUCUGCAUCAAUCACAACAACAGCAUCAUCACCAUAGUGGGAAUCAUAAUCAACCACAGGGUCAAGCUCAAUCACUGCAACAACAACAACCUCAACAACCUCCACAACAACAACAACAAUUUUAUAGAAAAUCGAUUGGUGAUUGGGAUUUUGUUAAAACUAUCGGUGCUGGAUCUAUGGGUAAAGUGAAAUUAGCUCAACAUAAUUCAACUCGUGAAAUUUGUGCCGUGAAGAUUAUUCCUCGUGCUGCCAAAUUAUAUCAAAGAGCUCAUGCUAAUGAUCUACCUCCAGCUAGUACUCAAGAAGCUGCUCAAAGACAUAAAGAAUAUGAAAAAGAAAUUGCUAGAGAUAAGCGUACCAUUAGAGAAGGUUCAUUAGGAAGAUUACUUUUCCAUCCUUUUAUCUGUAGAUUAUAUGAAAUGGUACCAAUGACAAAUCAUUAUUAUAUGUUAUUUGAAUAUGUUGAAGGUGGUCAAAUGUUAGAUUAUAUAGUUGCUCAUGGUUCGUUAAAAGAAAAGCAUGCUCGUAAAUUCGCCAGAGGUAUUGGAUCUGCUUUAGAUUAUUGUCAUAGAAAUAAUGUGGUUCAUCGUGAUCUUAAAAUUGAAAAUAUUAUGAUUAGUGAAUCGGGUGAUAUUAAAAUUAUUGAUUUUGGAUUAUCUAAUUUAUAUUCUCCAAAAACUUUAUUAAAAACUUAUUGUGGUUCUUUAUAUUUUGCUGCUCCAGAAUUAUUAAGUGCAAAACCUUAUACUGGUCCUGAAGUUGAUAUUUGGUCAUUUGGAGUGGUAUUAUAUGUAUUGGUAUGUGGUAAAGUUCCAUUUGAUGAUCAAUCAGUAUCAGUCUUGCAUGAAAAAAUUAAAAAGGGUAAUGUUGAAUAUCCAAAUUUCCUUUCUCGUGAAUGUAUUUCAUUAUUAUCAAGAAUGUUAGUAGUUGAACCUUCAAAGAGAGCAACUUUAUAUGAAGUACUUCAACAUCCUUGGAUGAAUAAAGGUUUCGAUUAUAAAGUAUCAAAUUAUUUACCAAAGCGUGUUCCUUUGACUUUACCAUUAGAUCCUGAAAUCAUUAAAUCUAUUGCAUCAUUUGACUUGGGUUCAAUCCAACAUAUUACAGAAGAAUUAACUAAUGUCCUUACUAGUGUCGAAUAUCAAAUGAGUUGUGAAAAUUGGUAUAAACUUACUGAACAAGGAAGAGAAUAUGCAUCUGCUUCGAAUGCUCAUAUUUUACCUGAUCCUACUGGUGGAUUCCAUCCAUUGAUUUCCAUAUAUUUUUUGGUACUUGAAAUGAAAAGUCGUAAGAAAGCAAAAGAGGCACUUAUUAAACUUCAACAAACUCAAAGUCAACAAGCAUCUCAAAAACAGCAACAACAGCCACCACAUCAGCAGCAACAAGUUCAACAAUUGGAACCACAACAACCUGCUCCAACUCAAGAAAGAUCUCUUGCUGCACUCACAUUUCCAGAACAAGCUCAUACAUCAAGUAUACCGACUGCUAUGCAUAAAAAUUCUCAAUCACCACCACCACCUUCAAAAGAUUUACCUGAAAAUGUUAUACCAGAACAACAACUUAGUCCAAGAGAGAGUAAUCCAGUUCGUGAAAGUUUAGAUCCAAAUGCAGGUAAGAAUGCUGGUAUUAAUUCUAUAUUAAGAAAAUUAUCUUACAAGAAGAAAUAUACUCCAUCAUCACCAUCAAGAUCAACUUCACCCCCACCCCCUCAAGUUGAUGUUGUUACUGCUCCACCUCCAUUACCUUCACUUGAAACUGCUUCAGCUAAUUUAUCUCCACAAAGUUCAGUCAAUACUAAGAGAGAUCCAAUGGUUCGUAGAGGGGUUAGUAUGAAGAUUACAGCUAAAGAAAAAUCUACUAACUCAAGACUUAACUUACAUCCUUCAAAUGAUUCAUCUAGUGGUCAUCAAUCAACCGAUGCUCCAAAACCUAGAAUUUCGGCUGGUCAUUCAAGAUCAUCAUCUGUUACUAAGAAUCAAAAUAAAUUUCAUGGAUUUAUCCCAGUGGAAAUCUUACCACCAGUUCCAAAAUAUACUGGUGGUACCACAAUCGUAUCAGCAUCAUCAUCAUCUAAUAACGAGAAAACGGAAUUAUUGUCUGCUUCCGGUAGAAAAUUACAUCCUACUGCAAGAGCCAAAUCGGUUGGAGGUCAUAUGAGGAAAGAUUCUUAUAAUUAUCGUAAAGCCAACAACCAAAAUUCUGGUGCUUAUCCUCCAUUACCAAAUGCUAUGGCUUCUCAAAAUAGUGAUGAAUUAAUAGCUGAUACUUCUUCAAGUAACAACACUGCUAAUAAUAAAGAUGGUUUCUUUGAUGAUGUUAGAUUGGAUGAUCUUGAUUUCCAAGAAAUUCCUCAAUUAACUGAAGAUGAAAUAAUAGAUCAGUUCAAUAACGCUAAACCGAAUACUAUGCCAUCCAUUGAACAUUGUAAGACUUUAUUCUUGAAAGGUUUCUUCAGUGUUCAAACUACUUCGACCAAACCACUACCUGUUAUAAGAUACAAUAUCAUUAAUGUAUUGAGUAAAUUAGGGGUAAGAUUCCAAGAAGUCAAGGGUGGAUUUGUUUGUAUUCAUACUCCAUCUGUCCAGGCUGAUAGAAGUGAUGGAGAAAGUCAAACUUUGGCAUCUCAUGCUGAUGAAGAAUUUGACCAUGAUGAUGAUAUAACUAGUGAAGAAAAGAAAUUAUAUGGUGAUGCAUUCAAAUCUACAUCUUCAAUAGAUGAAAAGGAAACUCCUCGAGUCAAGACUCCAGAACCUGAACAAUUGAAGACUCCAAGUAGACAACCUUCAUUCCAUUUGAAUAGUCAACCAAUGUCUCCAACGACCGGUAGUAAAUCAUCAUCUCAUAAGUCAUCUAAUUCGAUUGGCACUAAUAGUGGCAAUAGUGGUCAUAGAAGAAAAUUCUCAAUUGGAAAUUCAAUCUUAGGAUCUUAUAGAAAGAAGAAUGGAUCACAAGUAAUGAUGCCACCUAAUACUCCAGCAACCGCUAAAGUCAUGAAAGGAUUAUAUGCUGAUGAUGAUUUUGAUUAUGAUGAUGAAGAUGAAAACAUCAGACAACAUUUUGCUGAUGAUAAUUCUGCUGAUUCUUUGAAUGGUUAUGGUGGUGGUAGUGAUAUGCUUAUUUCAUCGAAAGUUGAACAAAAGGCAAGACAUCAACAUUCUGCAUCCAAUGCAACUGAACAUAAACAUAGAGGUGGUAAAUCACCAUUGAAAUUUGAAAUUCAUAUUGUUAAAGUUCCGUUGGUUGGUUUAUAUGGGGUUCAAUUUAAGAAAUUAUUGGGUAAUACAUGGAAUUAUAAAACUUUGGCAAGUCAAGUUUUGAACGAAUUAAAUCUUUAG